GUGAUCAUCUUUCCCCGAAUUCAUCAAUGACUGAAAGGUUAAGGACCAAAAUCAGAAGACCAUGACAAUGUUUAUACGUGUGUGUCAAAGAUCUGUAGCCAUAGACGGCUGCCUUCAUCUUCGGCGGGCAUUUCGAAAGUGUACGUGUUUCUUUGGACCAUUGUCGCGGUAUGUAAACAGCGCCAGUGGAACACACAGUGUUUCAGAUGGAGAUGUGAUAUACCAAACCUUCAAAAAUGAAGAUGGAAACGUUUCUGUUGCAAAGUUCAUAGCUGCUCUGAAAGAAGCUGGUUUUAGAGUCAAGGAUAGAAGGCUGCAAGAAACAAUGGCAAACUUUGCACAGUAUUUACAACAAGAAAAUUUUGAAGGAUUUGUGGAUGAGACAACAUUCAGAAGAUCAAUCAAAAAGAAUAUUGUCCUAAUAGAGAAAGCACUUCGGGGAGAUUUUGUGAUUCCAGAAUUUAGUCAGUUUACUAAACAUAUUGAGGAAAUAUAUCACAAAUGUAAACCAAACAGUGGAGGAAAGGUUGCUGACUAUAUCCCACAGUUGGCAAAGUUUGAUCCUAACCUCUGGGGUGUGGCUGUUUGUUCAGUUGAUGGGCAGAGAUUUUCAAUUGGGGAUGACAAAGAACACUUUUGUCUUCAGUCAGUAUCCAAAUGUCUUCACUAUCCAAUAGUUUUGGAGGACUUAACAGCAGAAGUGGUGCACAGAUAUGUAGGACGAGAACCCAGUGGUCAAACAUUUAACUAUUUACACCUGAAUAGCCAAGACCGACCCCAUAAUCCAAUGUUGAAUUCUGGUGCUCUUGUUCUGUGUGCACUUCAAAAGCCUGAAUGGCCAUUGGCAGACAGAUGUGAAUAUGUUCAGGAAAAAUUUAAACAUAUAGCUGGUGGGGAAUACAUUGGAUUUAGUAAUGCUACCUUUUUAUCUGAGCGUGAAACUGCUGACAAAAACUAUGCUCUGGGAUACUACAUGAAUGCUCACAAGGCUUUUCCACCUAACACAAAUCUGAUGGAUACUUUUGAACUCUACUUUCAUACUUGCUCCACGGAAACAAACUGUGAUGCUGGUAGUGUUAUGGCAGCAACCCUGGCAAAUGGAGGAAUUUGUCCUUUGACUGGUGAAAAAGUAUUCAGCUCACAGACUGUACAACAUACACUGUCUCUCAUGCUUUCUUGUGGACUGUAUGAUUACUCUGGACAAUUUGCCUUUCAUGUAGGCUUGCCAGCCAAGUCAGGUGUAAGUGGUGCAGUCUUGAUAGUUGUGCCUAAAGUUUGUGGUAUGAUGGUCUGGUCACCACCACUGGAUGAUCUAGGUAACAGUGUCAGAGGAAUGCAGUUUUGUAAGGAACUUGUCAGCUUGUUCGAUUUUCAUAACUAUGACUUAAAGGGUGCUUCGUCAGGUAGAAAACUGGACCCUCGCAGAAGAAAGGCUGAAGUACAGGGAGAAAAAGUUGUUUCUCUUCUUUAUGCUGCAAGUUAUGGAGAUGUAACAGCCUUAAGGAGAUAUUAUCUGUCAGGCACAGACAUGACUAUGCAAAACUACGAUGGAAGGACAGCUUUACAUGUUGCCGCUGCUCAAGGUAUUGAGGGGGAAAGAAUAUAAUUUUCAAGUAGAGCAGAUCUUUAUAGAUUUUUUUUCUUCACUUGCAAGAUAACAGUGGUACGAAAUAUAUAAAUGGUAAGGAAAAUACAGUGGAUAAUUAAUAUUUUUUUUAGGAGAAAAACACACUGAGGUUUAAUUUAUAGAUACAGCUAAGCCUUAUAAAGAGAAGCUCUAAAAAUUUUCUUCCCUGCUGGUCUAUGGCUAAUCAGUAGAAUUAAGCCCUAUUGGAUAGUCACAGGGUUGUGUACUUGGAGGGGUCACUUUAAAAAUUCUUCACGUUGAGAUCUUUUAUUUUAUCUUCCAAAUUCCAAAAAUAUAUCAUUAUGUAAGCCCAAUGAAUAACAACAACAGUCUUUGGCUGGGCAU